GAAGAACAUUUCGCGAUCAAGAAAAUGCAUGUGUUUUCCACAGUGGAUGGCUUUGUAGAGAUAACCGAGUCGUUGAUGGACAUGAUAAAGUUCAUUGCAAACGAGCCCUCAGCGGGGCUUUUCUAUGUUCAACAGCAUACCCACACUGCAGUUCCAAACCUCAUCAAUCUCACUAGCAAAAUUGAGGGAAAAUCUCGUGACGUGACUUUGCACACAGCAGAUUCAGAGGAUUCUAUCGUCAUGGUCAGGUCAAUGAAAGAGUGUGGAUUCUCAAUUGCUAACGAAAUGAUGAAAAAUCUCAGACAUUCUCUAGCUGUUGUGUCUGAGAAGCAGCUGAGAAAUGGAUCUAUAAGAAGACCAAGUUCAAGUUUUCGUAUAGGAAGAACUAUCUCGUGGAAUCCUGCUACUUGGGGUCGAAAAACAGGUCCAGAACAAGAUGUUGAGAGGAAUGAUGAUUAUAUUUCAAAUGUUUUCAAGUCAGCAAAAGAAAAAGCUAGUAGCUUCAAAUGGCCUCAGAUGGAUUCCAUAGAAUCUAAACCAUCCAAGAAUGAUGAGCCAUCUGUGACCUGUUCUAAUGAUGACACGACGUUAGCAGCAGAUGACAGCUCUUGCACCAGAGGUCAACAACGAUGAAACGUUGCUGUUCUCAAGCCAAACUGAUGAUGUUCUACA